UGUUGCAGCACAGCUAUUCAGAGAGUAAAUGGUAGAUUCGGGGUCAGCAGAGCUAGGAGGGAGUCGCUCUCAAAAUCCGACUUCAUCCUUUUUUAAACAAACGAUUUUUAGGGUAAAACUUACUGGAGCAUAAAGUUUACACUUCACUCUUUUUAUCGAGCCUAGUAUUUUGAUAGUUACCAAUUCGGAAUGUUUGAAAACAACUGGUGAAAAUUAGAGAGCUACUGUGAAGGGAAUUAGCAAGCUAGCAAGCUGUAUAUGGGGAUUCUGGCUGGGAGAGACAGAAGAAUAGACGGAUAACAAAGGACACAUUUUCGUUGGUUUCUUGGCUUUUACCGUACAUAUAUAAUUUAAAUAAGUCCUGUUCAAGCUAGCCUUAUUGCUAGCUUUGUUAUUUAGUCGUUUAUCAUGGAGUUGAGAGUAGGAAACCGAUACAGACUGGGAAGGAAGAUUGGCUCUGGAUCCUUUGGUGACAUUUAUUUGGGAAGGUUUCGAUGUAAUACCUGACCUUUGACUGAUGGUCAGGCACAGAAUGAACGUGCCUUGGGCAAACUCAAGAGGAAGUGAAGUUCUACCUCAUCAAAACACUUUGAGGACAGACAUCUCUGUGGGGGAAGAAGUAGCCAUCAAGCUAGAAUGUGUGAAAACGAAGCACCCACAGCUGCACAUCGAGAGCAAGAUCUACAAGAUGAUGCAAGGAGGCGUCGGUAUUCCAACAAUCAAAUGGUGUGGAGCAGAGGGAGAUUACAAUGUGAUGGUGAUGGAACUGCUGGGACCCAGUCUGGAGGAUCUCUUCAACUUCUGCUCUCGCAAGUUCAGCCUUAAGACUGUUCUUCUGCUGGCUGACCAGAUGAUCAGCCGUAUUGAGUACAUCCACUCUAAGAACUUCAUCCACAGAGAUGUCAAGCCAGACAACUUCCUUAUGGGCCUGGGGAAGAAAGGCAACCUUGUUUACAUCAUUGACUUUGGCCUGGCCAAGAAGUACAGGGAUGCUCGCACUCACCAGCACAUCCCUUACCGCGAGAACAAAAACUUGACUGGAACUGCUCGCUACGCUUCCAUCAACACCCAUUUGGGAAUAGAGCAGUCCAGAAGAGAUGACUUGGAGUCUCUUGGCUAUGUGCUCAUGUACUUCAACCUGGGCUCUCUGCCAUGGCAGGGUCUGAAGGCGGCCACAAAGAGACAGAAGUAUGAGCGCAUCAGUGAAAAGAAAAUGUCCACUCCCAUUGAAGUCCUGUGCAAAGGAUACCCAUCUGAGUUUGCCACAUACCUCAACUUUUGCCGCUCCCUUCGCUUUGACGACAAGCCCGACUACUCUUACCUGAGACAGCUCUUUAGGAACCUUUUCCACCGGCAAGGCUUUUCAUACGACUACGUUUUUGACUGGAAUAUGCUCAAAUUCGGUGCAAACAGAGCAGCAGAAGAUCCAGAGAGAGAGCUGAGGGAUCGGGAGGAAAGAUUGCGGCAUGGGCGGAAUCCCACUGCCCGUGGCAUGAUGCCUUCUGGCUCAGGUAGACCCAGAGGAACACAAGAAGUAGCACCGCCCACACCCCUCACGCCAACCUCGCACACAGGAAUAGAGCGAGAUAGGAAGGUCAGCAUGAGAUUGCACCGCGGAGCCCCCGUCAACAUUUCCUCCUCUGAUCUAACUGGCCGACAGGACACCUCACGCAUGUCCACGUCACAGGCUCUUUCUCGUGUCACCCCAAGUGGCCUGCAGUCUGCCGUACCUCGAUGAGACCCUACGCACGCCUCAAGAGCAGACCAACCUACGGCCCUGAUCUGCACUAGUACUUCUCCAGCAGCCUCUAUCCAUGUGAAAUCAACCUCAGAAAAUCAAAUCUAAAAAGAAACUAUAUUUCCUUCCUCUCGAUGCAAUUAAAUACUCUUGAGAGUUACGCAAACUCAAGAAAUGGACAGUUUUUUUGUUUUGGCGCAUCACACUCAAACAUGUUCACACCUACACAUGCACACAACUUAAGACACCUAGGCACAUAAAUGGUGCUUGUUAACAUCGCUUUCUGCCAGAAGAUCACUGGCGUUGGGAAGGGGGUUGUGAUUCUUUGGCCAUCGCUGCCUUUGACUCAAUACACCACCUACCGUCCAGGGGCCUUUUCACAAACGGAGCGUUUUGGCUGAAGCCACGUACAACUGCUCUGAUACUCCGGCUUACCUUCUCCUUUUGCAAAAAAAUCACUUUGACACAGCUUGGAAUGCAGCUGUCCUGAUAGCCAUUGACAUUUUGCUUACCAUUAACCUUUUUAAUUGGCCUUUUGUUUGUGUACAACAGAUUAAAUUGAUUUCACACUGGCUUCAGUCGUUUGCAGGUGAAUCUUUUUCUCUUUUUUUUGUUUUUUUUUUGUUUAACAGCAUUUAAAAGCUUACUGAAAACGACAUGCAGAAUUAAAUGGAUUUGAAAGCCUGUCAGUUCAUGUGGCAGGAUGAAGGCUAUGUCCUUUUUAUGUCUUUUUAUAGUUUAUUAUGUGAAAGGCCAGGCUAAGAAACAUAGAGCAAAACAAAGGUUUGUAAAUGCCACCACAAUACCACCUUUGUACCAUUACACAUUUUAAGAUGAGAAUAUUAUUAUUUUUUAGUUUGUUGCACCAAACAACCUGUCUCACUUUAUCAACUUGCUCAUUGAUUUUAUUGCAUUCCCUUAAGCUUUUCAUUUGUUUCUUGAAAGCUGUGAAAUGCCUGUAUUGUAGAGAAGUUGAUGUUAUUAAUGUUGCUCUGUUUCUUUUAACCAACACCCCCCCCCAAAGUUAUGUUAGUACUUUUACAACAAAGGGGUGCAUACAUGGCUGGAUUAAGACUGUUGGACAGUGUCCACAUCUUUCUAAACCGAGGGUAUGAACAUAAAAAAUCUUGUUCCAACCUGAGAGACUUCGACAUACUGUAUAUUGAGAGAGACUGGCACGUUGUUUGUUAAAUGUGCGUUUGGAUUCAGAAAUGGAUGUCCCAAGCCCAGCUUGUCUCAUUUCAAAUUACACCAGCCAUCAUUGAAGCCAUGCCAGAUUGAUUUUUUUCUUUUUGACUGACAAUUUUAGAAAUUGAGAUGCAAGUUUUUCUUUUUCAAUCUUUAUUUACAGAGUUUUACUUACUAUUUUUCCCUUGUUUCAGAAGUAAGGUUCCUCGACUUACUGGUGCUGUAAGUCAAGGAGGAAGUGGAUGGCAACCUGUCUUUCCAUAUCAUUCUGCAUAGUAGAGCGUAGGCUUUUUCUGUAGUCAUGUGGGGGGGGUGAGUGGUGAAAUUCUGUUGUCAUGUAUAUAGGAUGUUUCUAGUGAUGGCAAAGUACAAUUUUUCAUAGCCACUGUCUGUGUGUGUGUAUUGUGAGUAUGGGAAAAGGCUAGUGAUUAGAGAGGUGAGAGGGACUUUGUACCGUUCUAGAUUUGCUCAGUUAGUAUUCUUUUCUCUUCACUGGUGGUCUCACGGAAACGCUUGCUCCAGUACUGUUGUUUGUUUUAAUGUAGGCACAAGAACACUCUUGUCUGGGAUUGACCGAUUAUGGAUUUCUCUUUUUCAUUUUCUGGUUCAUUCUACACAUGACUCCUUGGCCAGUCCUUCUGCAUCACACAAGCAUCACACUGUGCUGUAUCGGGUGGAAUUAUGGAUAUCUUCCUCCCCUGGGAGAUUUUAUUUCUCAUUUGUAUUGCCACUGUAUUUGUGUAUUUUAAAAUGUGUAAAUAAAUUAAUAAGUACUUGUAA